CUUGUGAGAAAGAAGAAGAAGAAGACAAAGAAAAGUGCUACGAACUAAAGAGGGGAUCUCAUCUCACUUGACAGUUGACAACACCAACACCAGUCGUGACCUGAGUGAUACUUUGAAUACUGCUUCAGCACACUGGUAUUGUUUCAUAUUGAGUUGCCCCUUUUGGCUGCUUUAAAGAAGCCUGAUGGGUUCCAGAUUCCCAUCUCAUCAGCUCAGCAAUGGCCUGUAUGUAUCAGGUCGGCCUGAACAGCCAAAAGAAAGAACUCCAACAAUGAGCUCAGUUGCCAUGCCUUACACUGGUGGUGACAUCAAGAGAUCAGGAGAAUUGGGGAAAAUGUUUGAUAUCCCAAUGGAUGGUUCUAAAUCAAGAAAAUCUGGUCAGCUAAAUAGUGCUCCUUCACGGACUGGUUCAUUUGCAGGUGCUGCUUCACAUUCUGGACCUAUCAUGCCAAAUACAGCAGCUCGUUCUGUUUAUACCACGUCGGGUAACAUAUCUUCUGGAGGCAUGCAUGCUUCAGUCGCAGGGAAGAAGACCAACUCCGGUCCACUGAAUAAACAUGGUGAACCAAUGAAGAAGUCAUCUGGCCCUCAAUCUGGCGGAGUUACACGCCAAAACUCUGGUCCAAUUCCACCUGUUCUUCCUAAAACUGGUCUUAUUACGUCUGGCCCACUAAAUUCAUCUGGAGCUCCAAGGAAGGUAUCUGGUCCAUUAGAGUCUACAGGAUCAAUGAAAUCACAGAGUUUCUCUGUAGCCCACAAUCCAGCCAUGACCAUUCUUAGCCUAGAUGAUGAAUAUUCCUUCGGGAGGAACUUCCCAAAGCCAAUAUUGUGGUCUGUGAUUUUGAUUUUUGUUAUGGGAUUCAUUGCUGGUGCUUUUAUUCUUGGAGCUGUCCACAAUCCCAUUCUCCUCAUUGUUGUAGUAGUUAUUUUUGGUGCUGUUGCUGCCUUAUUCACUUGGAAUAGUUGUUGUGGGAGGACGGCCAUUGUUGGUUUCAUCUCUCGUUAUCCUGAUGCUGAACUUAGAACUGCCAAGAAUGGGCAAUUCGUGAAGGUUUCUGGGGUGGUAACCUGCGGUAAUGUUCCAUUAGAGUCCUCCUUUCAAAAAGUUCCUAGAUGCGUCUAUACAUCUACAAGCUUGUUCGAAUAUCGAGGGUGGGAUUCAAAACCAGCCAACCCAAAACAUUGCCGUUUUACAUGGGGACUCAGAGCAGCUGAGAGGCAUGUGGUGGACUUUUACAUCUCUGAUUUCCAGUCUGGAUUGAGAGCAUUGGUUAAAACUGGCUUUGGUGCCAGGGUGACUCCGUAUGUUGAUGAUUCUAUUGUAAUUGAUGUUAACCCAGCCAAUAAAGACAUGUCCCCGGAGUUUCUUCGAUGGCUGGGAGAGAGAAAGCUUUCAAGUGAUGAUCGGAUAAUGCGAUUAAAAGAAGGGUACAUCAAAGAAGGUAGCACAGUAAGCGUAAUGGGAGUUGUUCAAAGAAAUGACAAUGUGCUUAUGAUUGUCCCUCCACCUGAGCCUUUGACUACAGGAUGCCAAUGGGCUAAAUGUAUAUUUCCAGCUAGCCUUGAGGGUAUUGUUUUGAGAUGUGAGGAUACAUCAAAGAUUGAUGUCAUUCCAGUGUAGUUGCGUGCUCCAGAAACCUCUUCGGUAUUCUUCUUUGAAGAAUUAUUUUCAUAUCACAUAAAAAAAAAAAAUUGAGGGUUGAAGUUGUUUGUAUUUUGUAAGUUGGUAAGUGUGAUGAUUCUACAAUUGGCAUCGGUGAUUUUCUUUUUCGCACACUCAACUCCUAGUUUGUUGUAUAGCUAAUGAAAAAAUAUUAUUCGUUUAUUUUUCCUAAGGAGUUUAUAACUUGUAAUGGGUGUGGUUUUUGAAAGUUGUGUUCUAGCUGCUUUUAAUUGUCAAAGGAAUCUGUCAUGCAUGAUAUACAUUUGCCUAAUUGGUGAAUUUUGAAAG